UUUCACACGUGCAUCACAGACUUGCGCUCACUGCCUCUCUGUAAUUGUGAACCAAUAGCCCUACUUCCUAGUUUUCGAGAGAGGGCUUAGGAUCAAGCUACCAGCUAGCCAUACUAGCCCAAGUUUGCUCAGCUGUUAACACCUAGUCAACGUAAAUUGUUAACUUAGAAAAUGACAAUGAAUUGUCCAGGUUACAAAGAUAAGUAGAUAUAACGCUGACAUUAAGUCUACAGGUAGCUUUUGGAGUUGUAAAAGCACACAUUCCUGGCGAACAAUCUGGGAAGCAAACCUAAGCCAUCGAUAAGCUGUCAUGGAGUCUUACAUACAAUUCACAAACCAAAGCCAAGGGAGGGAUCGAAUUUUAAGGGCAACCCAGUAUGCAUGCGCUCUUGCGAGAUAUAUGCUUCGAAAUGAUCCCUCUAGGAAAGACAUUUUGAUGAAGCUGCAAAGUCUUCAAUCUAGCAUGAGUUCGGGACGCAAAUUGUUCAGACUGGGUAACACCGUCAAUUCGGUUGAUGCUGCCAAGCGAACCCUGUUGCUGUCUGACCCCAUCCUUAGAUUCUGCCUUACUGUCUCCAACCUCAGCCGCGCCCUCUAUUUCAUCUGUGACAACGUGCUCUGGGCAAGAAGCCUCGGACUCGUCCGAGACAUCAACAAGGAACGCUGGAGUCUGAAUGCCACCCGCUACUACUUCGUGUCCCUGGUGAUGAACCUGACUCGAGACGUGUACUUGAUGGCACAGCUGAUGGUGCAGAGGUCACGAGAUAGGCAAUAUAAGCACAAGGUCCAUCAGCACCUUAAUGAGAGUACAGAUGUGGCCUGUGUAGUGGUCCCACAGCUGGAUGCCUUUGUGUUCCUUCUUAUCGAGUGCCUCAAAGGCAACCCUGCUGUUGCCUUGGAUACUGUCAAGAAUGUGUGUGACCUCUUCAUUCCCUUGGACAGGCUUGGUGUAUAUCAGACAAGUGAAGGGGUGGUGGGGUUCUGUGGGCUCCUGUCAUCGCUGCUAGGCAUACUGUCAGUCCUUAAACCCCACUUGAAAAUAAAGCCAUAGAAAUGUCUUUCAGGAAAGGAAGAAGUGAUAGGAAUAUGGAAUGCAUUGAAAUGCUUUAAGGAUUCACCUAUUAAAACACACUAGCCGCAUAUAGAAAAUCUCUUUUUGCGAUUUGCCACUCUUAACCUUCUUAAGUAUUGCACUUAUAUAAGGGGUUCAUGUGAUAGUUGAUAGAGUGGCUAAGGGUGAAGCUUCGCAAAGAUCAACACAUAAGCCGGGGGGGGGGGGGGGGGGGUUCUCAAAGAAUGAUGAUUCACAGACUGAAUAGGGAAUAUUGGGGAAGAUUGAAAAGGGAACAAAUUGUGAAAUUGGCUCUGUAUCUGUUCACUAAACCAGACAGGGUAUCUGCCUGCCUUACGCAGCAGAGAUUUAGAUGCAGUUAAAGCUUGUCCUUUCUGAGGACGUGUCACACUUUUCUGAGAAAGUCACAACUUGUAAUAGUUCAGAUUUGGAUUCCGUAGCUCUUUAUGAUUGAUAUGUCUUGUAUAUUACCAUACGGCGCCCCAUGUCCUUCAGGUACAAUGUCAUUCACAGCACAAUGUCAUUCACAGCACACCCUUUAUUUGUGAUUCUUGCAGAUGACCAAAUUUGAUCUGGCCCACUGCUCAGAAGACUUGAGUAUUUGUGUCCUAUCUUUGUACUUUCUUCUAGUUUCUUACAAAUACAGUGUUUUCUAUGUUUUUACGAACAUCGUGUUGGAUUAAUUCACCCUGAAAAUCUAGCUGUUUCUGGUCUAGUCUACCUCACUAUUGACAUGUAAGUAUGUCAGCAUCAUGUUUACUGCUCGGUGUUCAGUUUCUUAUCUGUGAAGAAGCAUCUCUAUCUGUCACCUUUCACCUUUAGUACCUAUUGAUAGGAAUACAAAUCUUUGUGAAUUUCUAUUUUGUUUAAUUGUGGUUACAGAAUUUUUUUUUUCAAAUUUAAAUGGAAUCCGUGAUUUAAAGUGGGAAUUAGUUCCUUCAUUGAAGAGAAAAAUAAAAAAAAAUGUUGAGUUGCCCACAAAGCCUUAAACUGGGGUUUGACCGAUUGUUUCCGUAAAAUAUUUAAAAGUUUUAUCUCUUAAAUAAAUUAUUUUCUAAUGGAGAAU